UCUUUUUUAGACAUGUUAUUUUGAUACACACGGCAAACUGAUUAGAAUAUCUAACUGAAAAUAUAAAUAUUCACGUGUAUCCAUGCCUUUCUUUGUGGUUGAAACGUUUUUGCUAUUAUUUCAGUAAAUAUUGGAGUGGUGGUGAAUAUAGCAAUAAACUUCGAUUUCCUCACUGUUUUUCUCUUUCAGCAAUGAAUCAGAUAAACUUUUACUUAAGGAAGGGCAACGUAGAGCUGCUUGGAUUGGUGCAUGCAAUCAUUCAGUGAGAUUAUUAUUUGGUUUAUUGACAACAAUGAUAAUUGGUUACAUAUCUGACCAUUUUGGCCGUCGUUUGUCAUUAGGUAUCAUGAUCAUCGGAGAAGCAUUACAAAUAAUCACACUGAGUGUGGUUGUUCUACUCCAAGCUAAUCCAUGGUUAACAGUUAUCCCUGGUUUAUUCGAUGGAUUUAUAGGAGGUGGUUUGUUAUCGAUUCAAGCACAAGUUUCAGCAUCAUUAACGGAUUUAGUGUGUAAAGAAUCAAUAGAUAAUAAUGAUGUAACAAAUAGUCAAUUAACUAAUCAAAAUAAUUUAUGGACUUUAUUCACUUGGUUCGAUGGACUUGCUUUAAUAAGUUUAUCACUUUCAAAUCCUAUAGGAGGUACCCUUCUUUAUCGAGGCGGUUUUCAACUACCAGUUAUCAUCUGUAACAUUUUGGUUGGGAUUAGUUUAUUGAUAAUAUUUUUUCUACCUGAAUCGAACAUAGUAUUUCGUCCUAAAUGUUUAAAUAUAGACACUUUAAAUAAUGAUCAAGAUUGUAAAAACGAGAGUAGUAAUAUAGAGAUUGUUUUUGUACGUAGCAGAAAUUUAUCAUUUUGGGAAGUGAAUUGUCAAAAUAUUCAAAACAGUUUCAAGAUCCUAAGUGGAAAAUAUAAACAACACAUGCUAACUGGAUUUAUUGUAUUUUUGUUAUCUACUGUUACAUCAACGGAUUUGUAUAUUAUAUACAUAUAUCUAAUGGGAUAUCCAUUUUUAUGGAAUUCACAGGAUGUUGGAAUUUAUUCUGGUGUAACUGAUAUAGUUUCUGCAAUCAUCGCACUUAUUUUCACACUUUUAAUGGCUCGAAUCAUACAUAGACCAAUAUCAAAAUCAAGUCAUUCAAUCUCUCAGAAUAUAUCUGAUACGAAUGAUAAUUAUAAACAAUUUCAUAAAGUUAAAUGUCAGUCUGUCAAAUUCCUUUUAAAAAUACUAAUUUUCAGUAUUUUUAUGAUGUUCAUGAACCGAACUAUACUUGGUAUAUCAUAUCUGUUUAAUACAUUUACAGCUAAUACUUUAGUUUAUAUCGCUACCAUACCAAGAUUUGCUAAAGGGUUGAAUAAUCCAAUACUAAGAACCCUUAUAUCCAUGUGGACUGACCAGUCAAAGCAGGGUAUGAUACAUUCAUUUGUGGCGUUUGUAUCACGAUUGGGCGUACUUACUUGUUUUUCUGUAUUAAUUUCAAUCUAUUCUUCAACAACUGAUCUAUUCCCUGGUGCUGUAUUCUUGGUCUGUUCCAGUUUGAUAAUUAUUGCACUGAUAACAACUGGAUUUUUAUAUGGAUUAACCAAUAAAAAUAUGAAUAUCAGUCAGAUGGAAAACACUUCAGAGAAUAUAUAUGAUGAACAAACCGAAAUUUCGAAAUAG